GGGGAAGCUGAACACUAACAAGCCAGCCAUCAACAUAUUGACAAAGACGAUUUCUAGAAUCCUUCCUUAUACUGUCCUCAAUAGAUAAAUUUUCCAAUUCAGCCCUCUUUCUCUCUUUCACCUGUUGGCCACUCCAGAAUUAUUGAGAUUGUUCACAAGCAAUGUUUAUCUCGAAUUGAUACAAUCUUGUAUAUGGUAUUGGCGUAGCUCUGGACUCCAAGACCCACUGAAACUCUUGUACCCUCAGAUAUGGCUGGGCACCCCGAAGAAAACGCACAGCUCCUGUCAACAGAGCAGGAGUCUAUGUCGCGAAAUUCAUCUGAUUCUGUUGCCUCAACUGCUUCGACUACGAGUUUGGUCUUCGAUCGAAUCGGCGAACGCGUUGCUGCGAAUGGGUCUGAAAAACCGACGAUGGUGACACCUAAAUUCCCUCCUCGAGGAGAGAGGGCGUAUGCGGAUGAUGAACAUACGCAAAUACAUUUAGAGGAGGAAGAGGAGAAGGAUUAUGAUAUGGAGGAUGGCGCAUUUCUUACAAAUGGAGCAACGAACAAGUCGGUGGACAAGAAGUUACGAAGAUUGAUAUGGAUUAUCGGGGGAGUAUUUAUUGGAGCCUGGGUGCUGGCAUUGUUUAUAUUCUUGGGGAAACAGGCAUAUAAACAUUCAUCGGAAAGUCCUCACGAUCCACAGGCGACAUCCUCGAGGGGGAGCGGAAAGAAGGUUACGAUGGAUCAAGUUAUGGGCGGUCAAUGGAGAGCGACUAAGCACAGUAUAAGUUGGAUUGAAGGAGCCAACGGGGAGGAUGGAUUACUACUCGAACAAGGCUCUGUCGGAAAGGACUAUUUGAUUGUGGAAGAUGUCAGAACACAAAGCCCUUCAGCUGUAGGGACUCUAGACACGAUGACUUUGAUGAAGAAUGGCUAUUUCGAAGUUGCGGGGAGAAGCUUGACACCAAGCAAAGUAUAUCCUAGCAAGGAUUUGAAGAAAGUUUUGGUCGCGACAGAUGUUCAAUCAAACUGGAGACAUUCCUUUUAUGCGAAAUAUUGGAUCUUCGAUGUCGAAACUCAAACUGCGGAACCAUUAGAUCCUGUAGAUUUGGAUGGCCGAGUUCAAUUGGCCAGCUGGAGUCCAAAGAGUGAUGCCAUCGUUUUCACUCGAGAUAACAAUAUGUACCUUCGAAAACUAGCUUCACCAACUGUUGUCCAAAUAACCGUGGAUGGCGGUCCAGAGUUCUUCUAUGGUGUACCUGAUUGGGUCUAUGAAGAGGAGGUAUUUGCUGGAGCCAGUGCAACAUGGUGGGACGACAGUGGCAAAUAUAUUGCGUUCCUUCGUACAAAUGAAUCAGAAGUACCUGAAUACCCAGUUCAAUACUUUGUAUCAAGACCUAGUGGGAAGGAUCCCCUACCAGGAGAGGAAAAUUAUCCCGAAGUCAGAGAAAUUAAAUACCCCAAAGCUGGUGCUCCAAAUCCUACUGUCGAUCUUUUGUUUUAUGAUAUUUCCAAGGCAGAAGUAUUCGAGGUCAAAAUCGCUGGUGGCUUUGAGCCAAAGGACCUUUUGAUUACAGAGGUAGUUUGGGCUGGAUCGACAGGUAAGGCUCUGAUCCGCGAGACGAACAGAGAAAGUGACGUCCUGCGAGUUGUUCUCGUUGAUGUUGUGGCUCGAGAGGGAAAGACUGUACGAUUUACAGACAUUGCAAAGCUCGAUGGUGGAUGGUUUGAAGUAUCUGAAGACACUCGCUAUAUUCCUGCGGAUCCUGCAAACGGUCGUCCCCACGAUGGAUAUAUUGAUACUAUCAUUCAUGAGAACUAUGAUCAUUUGGGAUACUUCACACCAAUGGACAACUCUGAACCCAUUCUUCUUACCUCUGGAGAUUGGGAAGUAGUAAAAGCGCCUUCUGCUGUUGAUCUCAAGAACAAUAUCGUCUAUUUCAUUUCUACUAAAGAGUCACCAAUCACAAGACAAUUAUAUAGCGUCAAACUCGAUGGUACGGAUUUGAAAGCUAUCACCGACACUUCGACGGAAGGUUAUUAUGGUGCCUCAUUUUCUAAGGGUGCUGGAUAUGUACUUCUUAACUACAACGGCCCAAACAUUCCAUGGCAGAAAGUUAUCAGCACUCCCAGUAAUGAUAACCAGUACACACAUAUCAUUGAGGAGAACAAAGGACUAGCUGAUAUGGCAAAGAAACAUGAAUUACCCAUUCUAAUCUAUCAAACAGUCACAGUUGAUGGAUUUGAAUUGCAAGUCGUUGAACGUCGACCACCACACUUUAACCCAAAGAAGAAGUAUCCAGUAUUGUUUUAUCUUUAUGGUGGCCCUGGAUCCCAAACUGUUAGCAAGAGCUUUGGUGUUGACUUCCAAUCCUACAUCGCUUCAAAUCUCGGAUACAUUGUUGUAACUGUCGAUGGCCGUGGAACAGGAUUCAUCGGACGAAAAGCCCGAACCAUCAUUCGUGGCAAUAUCGGUCACUAUGAAGCGCGCGAUCAAAUUGAAACAGCUAAAAUUUGGGCUAGCAAAAAGUAUGUUGAUGAAUCAAGAAUGGCUAUUUGGGGUUGGUCAUAUGGUGGCUUCAUGACAUUAAAGACCUUAGAACAAGAUGCUGGAGAGACAUUCUCUUAUGGUAUGGCAGUGGCGCCCGUCACCGAUUGGCGAUUUUACGAUUCUAUCUAUACGGAGCGAUAUAUGCACACACCACAACACAACCCUGGCGGAUAUGAUAAUACUAGCAUUAGCGAUGUAAAAUCACUUGCCAAAAAUGUCCGAUUCUUGGUUAUGCAUGGUGUCGCAGAUGACAAUGUUCAUAUGCAAAAUACGCUCACUUUGUUGGAUAAGCUCGAUCUUGCUGGUGUGGAGAAUUACGAUGUACAUGUUUUCCCGGACAGCGAUCAUUCUAUCUAUUUCCAUAACGCGAACAGAAUUGUUUAUGAUAAACUUAACAACUGGCUAAUCAAUGCAUUCAAUGGAGAAUGGCUACGUACUGCAAACGCUGUACCUCUAGAAAUUGACGCAGCAAAGGUUUGAGACAUCAAGUAAUCCAGACAGUGAAUAAUGAGAUGAGAGUAUCAUAGGAGCACGGCGUUCACAGCGAAUGGGAACACCUUUUUACAUAGACAUGAUAUUAUAGUUUCAUUGGUGUUAAAUUAAUCUUUCAUGAGAAAUAUUACAUCUUUUAUCUCUUAGGCCCGA